UCGGAGCCAGGCUCGCUGCGCGCUGCCCAGCCAUGGCCUCCCGCGGCGCGGACACCCUACUGACCGAGUUCAAUGCGGCCUACGUGCCCUCCAGCCUCAAGCCCGGGUAUCGAGGCCACAUCCCUGGCAUGGCCUUCUCCUUCGGCUGAUCCUAUGGUGCCACCACCCUCAAGUGCUUCCAGGAUCUCCGCACUGCAGCCAUGGAGAGGAGCCACAGGCCCCUCAGCAGCAGGGGCUCCCCCACCAUCCUCUCCCCCAACCCCAACCUCGUGCUGAUGGACCAUUCGUGCCUCCUUGUGGACCCCUGGCAGCACCCGCCCAGUUACGCUUGCUGCAUCCUGGAUGGCCACCACGCUGCAGAGCUGGCGCACUUCUACCAGAAGACGCAGCAGCACCGGAAGUACUACAGAGGCUAGACCGGCACAGUGCCCCGGGUCCCCUACUUCGUGCUGCCUGUGAGGGAGAGGGAAGGGUACCCCAUCCCCACCAACCUGCCUCCUCUGAGCCCCAAGGAGAAGUGGCAUCUUUUAAGAGUCUCCCCUGGGAACUGGAGGACCUAUCAGACCUUCCCAUCUGGGAAGAGGGUGUCCCCACAGGAGCGACAGAAGAGGGACAGCUACUUUGAGUUCAGAGCUUGA